CCGAGAGUUCAGCUGGAAGCAAAAUUCCGGAGCCAAAUUUCUUCACUCCCAGACAGAACCAUGCAGUUACUACUGUUGAACCACACAAAACCCAACCAAGGCAAAGCCAGGCAAGACCCUCGAUACAGCACUCAUUAAUCUGUCUAUUGCUUGCUUUCAUCCUCACAUCACUCUGCAGCUAUUGCCUUUGGAAGCCCAUCAUUAUCGAUCGAUCGAUCGAUCUUAUCUCCAGGAUUGUCGCAUUUGCUUGUCCAUAGCGCCCACAAUCCGUCGCCGUCUACCCUGGACACUCCCCAGGACUUGAGUUGCCAUUGCUUUCCUUCCAUAAUCUACUAUCUUCUAUCUUUUCUUCCAUCCUGAUCGACCUCCUCUCUUCAUAUUCUCCAUCCAUCCAUCAGACUCAAUCAGAUCAGACCAUGAUUCCCAGUCCACCUGAAUCGGCUCCUGCUGCCGAGUUGACCAAUCUCCGUGCGGGAGAAGAUGUGGUCCACAACGACGACGCCUCGGUGGGAGUUUGCGUCAGUGAAAUCGACAGUUCGGCGCAUGAUCGUAGCGGCAGUGGUAUUACAUCGUCUCACCGAUCCGACUCGCAAGACGAAGAAUCCGCUCGCAAAAAGGAACAAGAGCAAUUGGCCAAAGAAGAAACCAACCAGAUCAAUCGCCUCCGUUGGUUGGUCUUUAAAGUGCUCCUCUUGGCCGCUCUGGUCAUUUCGAUCAUUGUCUUUAUGAUUUCCCGCAAUGCCCAACAAGAUACCUACCACAAAUCCUACGACGGUGCUGCCCAACAUGUGACGGACGCCUUUCAAGAUAUCAUGGUAUCCAAAAUGGGCGCUGUUUCCAGUAUGGGCGUCGCGCUCAUUGCCCACGGGCGAGAUCAUUACCGCGACUGGCCCUUUGUCACACUCUCUAGUUUCCAACAACGCGCCAGUACCGCACUGGUACAGUCGGGCGCCAUUUAUCUGCACUUCAAUCCACUCGUUACCAAUGAAACGCGACACGAGUGGGAGCAAGAAUAUGUCGUUGGACCCGAGGCGGUGUGGAUCGACGAAGCCAUUGCCUACCAAGAUCAUGUGGGCAUUUUUGAAUUUGACAAUCACUCACACGAUUACCACAGUCAACCCGUGCCGGUCCAAGAAAUGGACGAAUGGAAAAUAUGGGAUCGCACCAACCAAGGACUCAAGGAGGAUGAAGAAGAUGAUACUACGGAUGGGCCCUACAUGCCCACGUGGCAGACCAGUCCGUUGCUUCAUGGAGGACGGCUCGUCAAUGAAAACAUUCUCCAGAAUAGUGUGGCCGCACAAUUGUCCUUCGACUCGGCGUCUGUCGUCAUGGGAAGCUUUUGGAUGAGUCGUCAGCGAGCAGCUGAGGAUGAAACAGAAUUAGACGAUCACGCCCACCUUCGCCGCAAGCGUCGGAGUCUAGUAGGGACCUUGUUCGAUGAAGACUAUGAUCAUGGCACCGCUCAAGGAGAUGACAUGUACUCCUUGCAAGAAAAUGCCGUCCUUUCCGAACUAUUGAGUGCCUCUAAUCAACAAGAUACCGUCUACCAAGGAACACCCAUCAGUCAAGUAUACUUUCCCAUCUUUGACAGUUUUGACGAGGAGAAUCGAACCACUGUCGCCGUCAUGGUGGCAUGGAUUCAUUGGUCCGACUACUUUCGGGGAGUCCUGCCCGACAAUGUCCAGGGGAUUCAGAUUGUAUUGCGCAAUACGUGCGCGGAUGAUCAUGGACACACGAGGCAUCAUCACUCCACGGCCUACACCUUUGACAUUUACGGGGAACACGUCACACCCGUCGGUCCGGGAGACCAACACAACAAGAAGUACGACCAAAUGGUACGAAAGGCAUCCUUCGAAUCCAUUCAAAACAUUGCCGAUGGGACCAAAAAUGGCCUGCCCUUUCACAAGGAACACUGUACCAUUCAUUUGGAAGUCUACCCCACGGAUGUCUUUUACCAGAGUUACCACAACAGUACACCCAUUGUCUUGACACUGGCUGUCGCAGUGGUGUUUUUAGUGGCGGUAGCCAUGUUCUUGGUCUACGAUCGAUUGGUUGAGCGCCGACAAAAACUCGUCAUGAACCGGGCGGCACAAACGACCGCCAUUGUCAGUUCCCUCUUUCCCGAAAAUGUCCGCGAUCGGAUAAUGUCUCAACAAGCGGCGGGUCGCAAGGCCGACAAGCGUGGCAGUAGUCAUGAGCGUGGUAGCACGGUCCGGAACAGUGGUAGUAACUUUUUGGCGCCCAGUCGACGACUCAAGGGAUACUUGAUUGGUAACGGGGAAACGGGAGGAGAGCAAGAUGACCAGCAAGUCGAUCCUUUCGAUGAUACGCCAAUUGCCGAUCUGUUCCCACACUGCACCGUACUGUUUGCCGAUAUUUCUGGCUUUACCGCUUGGAGUUCCACGCGGGAUCCAGCGCAAGUGUUCAUUCUGCUCCAGACGUUGUAUGAGGCAUUUGACAAGAUUGCCAACCGAAGAAAGGUGUUCAAGGUGGAAACAAUUGGUGAUAGUUAUGUAGCCGUCACGGGUCUUCCAGAACCACAAUCAACACAUGCUGUGAUCAUGGCUCGUUUUGCUGGAGAGUGUAUGACAAAAAUGCAUCAACUGGUGGCGCUCCUUGAAACAAGGCUUGGGCCAGAUACUGGCGAGCUUUCCAUGCGAUUUGGUUUGCAUUCUGGGCCUGUGACUGCAGGAGUGUUAAAAGGCGAACGUGCCAGGUUCCAGCUCUUUGGUGACACCGUCAACACUGCAGCACGCAUGGAGAGUACAGGAAUUCGCAACAAAAUUCAGGUGUCUCAAUCGACAUAUGACCUGAUCGUCGAAGGAGGAAAAGCAGCCUGGGCCAAACCUCGGCCCGACAAAGUUGAAGCCAAAGGCAAAGGAAUGCUUCAGACGUAUUUCAUCAACCCCAGCGCCAAACGAGGCAGCACCACGGAAUCUACUGCAUCUGAUGAACAAUCGGGUUCGGGUGGGGACGCUUCUUCUCGAAUGCUCCAGGCAUCUUCGAGUGCUAUAGUUGCGAAACCGAUGCAUGCAAAGCCAGGCGGAAAGGCUCUCUCUAUGAAAGAAUCGCGUUUGGUUGACUGGAUUGUCGAUCUGCUCCACGAACACGUCAAGAAGCUGGCGGCCAUUAGAAGCCGGAGCAAGAGUAAGAGCAAGUCGAUCCCAUCGUCCGAGGAAAUCAUGUACAGACCACCAGAAGGCCAAACAUCGAUGGACGAGGUUGCCGAAACUAUCCUCUUGCCCAAGUUUAGCUUGAAGAACUUUGCAGCAGCGGAGGAGUUCCGUUCGGUCACGGUGGAUCCGGUCGCCCUGGAGCAGCUUCGUGACCUGGUUGCUACCAUUGCCUCGAUGUAUCAGGACAACGACUUUCAUAAUUUCGAACACGCAUGUCACGUGACCAUGGCAACGAACAAACUUUUGAAACGUAUCGAAACACCGGACAUCAACAUUGAACAAGGGACGGCCACUGACAAUCAGAUUGCUUCCGACAUUCACCAGUACACACACGGCAUUAACUCUGAUCCGUUGACCCUCCUAGCGAUUGUCUUCAGUGCCCUUAUCCACGACGUCGACCACCGUGGAGUAUCCAAUGUACAGCUUGCUGUUGAGCAGCCAGAUCUCAGAGACAAAUACAACAAUAAGAGUGUAGCCGAGCAGAACUCUCUGGAUCUGGCAUGGGACCUCCUUAUGGACGACAAGUAUGAGGCCCUUCGAAGGUGUCUGUUUGCAACCCACACAGAAUUGAGGCGAUUCCGCCAGGUCCUUGUAAACGUUGUACUUGCUACUGAUAUCUUUGACAAGGAGCUCAAUGGUUUGAGAAGAAAGAGGUGGGACAAGGCCUUCUCCUCUGACUUGUUGUCACAUGAAGAGCACAACAAUCUUCGUGCGACCAUAGUCAUUGAGCACAUCAUCCAAGCUUCCGAUGUGUCACACACAAUGCAGCACUGGCACAUUUACCGGAAGUGGAACCGAAGACUGUUCCACGAGCUCUACCAUGCUUAUAAGGCAGGUCGCAUGGCCAAGGAUCCAAGCACUUUCUGGUACAAUGGGGAGAUUGGCUUCUUUGACAACUAUGUGAUUCCACUGGCGAAGAAGCUGAAGGACUGCCAUGUGUUUGGCGUGUCCAGCGAUGAAUGCCUCAACUAUGCGCUUCAAAAUAGGAAUGAAUGGAAGACCCGUGGCCAGCAAAUUGUGGAGGAGAUGCUACAGGAGUUGGCCAUGGAAGAAGAGCCUUAAGACCUGGCUCCAUCCCCAUUUGGAAGCCAGCGGUUUUGAAACUUUAGUACCAUUUUUCAUGCUAACACGUCAUUGUUUCCUGUGGGACCUACCGGACAAACUUAGUGGGCCGGUGUUGCUUUGCCAUGUAGUUCUCUGCAGCUGUUGGUCUGCUCCAGGAUUUCAAUGGUGCUCCA